UGAUGUUUGGGAAACAGUGCAAACGAAUUUUAAGUAAAUUACAUCUAGGUCUGGGCGGGGCAACUGGCCAUUCCUAAAACGUCCCGACGUGCUUACCGUAAAUAUCUAAAACUUAUAGUCAAUCCUAGUGUGUGCCGCUUUGGUCUUUUAGUUUCACCCCGAAUGAGAGGAAUGCAGGCGGCGCCACCUGGGCUGGAAUACUAACUGUCGCUAGCUAUUUACUUGGAUAUUCUUUACCGGCACCGGCCGUCCGUUAUUACCCAUGGAAAGUGCAGCCGAGCAGCCACGAGAAUGUCAAGUCGAUCCCGGCAGAGGGACUGAGAUUUCGGGGCUUGGAAACGAGCAGUGUUGUUCCGGAGAUGAUGCUAAUGAACCUGCAAAGAAACAGGAAGAAGCUACAGAAAAGCAGAAGGAACCUACAGAGAAAGGGGAGGAAACAAGUCCAGUGAAGAAUGAUCCAUUGUCUCCCUCAGCUGCCACUACUGCUGCUCAGAAAGCCAAGCAAGAUGCCCAGAAAGCAGAAGAGAGGCAAAAGCUGGCCAAAGAACGGAGAGAGGAACGAGCCAGAUAUCUGGCUGCCAAAAAAGCUGUGUGGCUAGAAAAAGAAGAAAAGGCAAAACUUCUGCGUGAGAAGCAGUUGGAAGACCGCAGGAAAAAACUAGAGGAACAGAGACUCAAAGCAGAAAAGCGCCGGGUAGUCCUGGAAGAAAGGCAGCGACUAAAACUUGAAAAGAACAAGGAACGAUAUGAAGCAGCAAUACAAAGGUCGGCAAAAAAAACUUGGGCUGAAAUCCGUCAGCAGAGGUGGUCUUGGGCUGGAGGACUAAGUCAAAACGCUAGUGUACACAGAGGUGGUUCAAACAGGUGUUCCGUGUCAGCAGUCAACCUGCCCAAACACGUGGACUCCAUAAUCAACAAGAGGCUCUCGAAAUCCUCAGCCACCCUCUGGAAUUCACCCAGCCGAAUUCGAAGUUUACAACUUAGCCCCUGGGAAAGCAGUAUUGUUGAUCGGUUGAUGACCCCCACAUUGUCGUUCUUGGCCAGAAGCCGGAGUGCAGCCACUCUUACAGGACAUGGAAAGGAGCAUGGAGUACCUGUUUGUCCUCGUUCAGCCUCUGCUAGUCCGCUUAGUCCCUGCAACCAUCACAGACCACAACACAAAUGCUCAGAUCGGUGGCGAGUAAGCUUGAGCAGCCCUGACAUUACACCACGCAGAAAGACUUCCUCACCCUUAUUGGCAUCAAAGUCUAAAAAGAAAGAGAAAAAAGACAAAGAACGUGAGAAUGAAAAGGAACGUGAUGCUCUCACUAGGGAAAAAGCACUGAAAAAACGACUGUCUACAUCAUACACUAAAAGCAGAUUAUCUGCACCUGUGGAAACCAGCACUCCAAAGUCUAAGAAUCGACCUUCCUCACCUUCAACUCCAUCCACUCCUAAACAUCGGACAGCUUCCCCAGUUCCCAGCCAGGCUUUAGUGUCAAGCCCUAAGCCUUCCUCCCCAAAAAAUGUUUCAACACCUCAGAAGGGAAAGCAGAAAGGGGAGAAGGCCAAGGAGGACAGAAAAGAAACAGAGACGCCACAGAAGCUAAAAGAUAAGAAACUAGAGGAAAGGACUGAAGUAAAGAAAGAGGAGAGAACUGCAUCUCCUGUUCCGUUUGAGAAGAACAAGGAACAAAAGAAACCAGUAGAGGAAGUAACAGUGUCAGUUAAGGAGCCAGUGUCAGGUUCCCCAGCCCCAUCCCCCGCUAAAAGCACAGCAGGCACCACCAAUCAAGAGGAGGCUGCAAGAAUCUUGGCAGAGAAACGUCGCCAGGCCCGUGAGCAGCGUGAACGAGAGGAGCAGGAGCGACGAGAACAGGAAGAAAAGGAGCAGCGUUUGAAAGAAGAACAGGCUAAAAAAGAAGCUGAAGAAAGAGCCCAACGCAUUGCAGAGAAUCUUCGGCGUGAGGAGGAGAGGCGGCUACAAAAAGAGCAGAUGCGCCAAGAAGAAGAAGCACGGCUGAAGAAAGAAGCAGAAGAAAAAGCGUUAGCAGAGCAGGCAGAAAUGGAGCGCUUGCAAAAACAGAAAGACGAAAUGGAAGCUAAGGCCAGAGAAGAAGCUGAAAAACAGAGACUGGAACGUGAGCGACACUUCCAGCGAGAAGAGCAGGAACGCCUUGAAAGAAAGAAGCGCUUAGAAGAGAUCAUGAAAAGAACGCGAAAAGCAGAUGCUGUUGAGAAGAAAAAAGAACACAAGAAGACAUCACCUUCAGAAGAAGUAAAUGGAAAAGAAGCAGACACAUCAAAUCCUGUUACAGGAACCACGUGUUCUGAAAAUAGUGAUACUACCCUUGAAAAAGACAAGGUUUCUGAGAAGGAAUUUGAGAACAAGAAGUCAUCAGACAGCAGUAAAGCAUGUACAGCAGAGUCACAGCAGAGUCUUCCUGUAAAAGAAGCAGUUCAGCAGGUCACGCUCGUCAAUGGGAUACAACAAAGCAAACAUGAAAAUGGCAUUUCAGCAAAGAACUCCACAAGGGACUUCGAAGAACUUAUUGACCUUUCCAAACACAGCAACACAGAGACAUCCGUGACUGUCACAGCCCCCGCGCCUAUCAUUGCAUUUGAAGAUGGUGAGCCAUACCUGAAAAAGGCAGGAACAGUCGCACCUCAGCAAGUAACAGAAGUCCUUUAACGAGGAGAAGUACCUGACAAACCAUUAUGGCAAUAUCUUUUAAGCUUUCCAGUUGACUGCAGAAUUUGCAAAGCAUGGCUGUGGUUUAAGUGCCAAUUGUGGACUUUUUUAAACCAAUUGUAGACAUUAAGUACUUCUAAAAUGGGUGAUGAGUAAUGCAGAAAAUUUAAGCAAACGUAUAAAAGGAAAGAAAAGGACUUCACCACUAGAACUGUUGCAGCACGACGGAGAUGGUCAACUGCACAAAUGUGGCAUCACGUUGUUAGCACACAGCUUAGGAGACUGACAGUUUUAAACAAUUGUAGAGUUUUACACAAAUGCAGCAAGCAAGUCGCCAUACCUGACCACUCAAGAGUGUGUGGAUUAUUUGGUCAUUAAUAAUUUAGUUAUUUAACGUGAAACUGUAAGCAAGUGCUGGAUCCAAUGUAUGUGAAUAAUGUAAAUAAACCUGACAGUGUUACAUUGUG